GCAGCGGUAACGGCAAUGGCAACGGCAACGGCAAUGGCAAUGGCAAUGGCAACAGCAACAACGAUCAGACAACAGCGCAGGCGCACCAUCAUCAUCACCAUCAUCAUCAUCGACAUCAUCAUUUGCUGGAGACGCCGACAAGCAAUACAGCCGUUGCUGCUGCAGCAGUGGCGGCGGCAGCAGCAGCCGCAGCAGCAGCUGCUGCAGCUGGAACAGCAACAACAUCCGCAUCAACAACGGCUCAAGUGUACGAGCGCCUAUGCCGUCCCAGCCACGUGGUAAUGGAACAACAGCAGCAGCAUCAGCAUCAGCCACAACAACAACAACAACAACACCAACAGCAGCAACAGCAACAACAACACCAACAGCAACAACAGCAGCAGCAGCAGCAACAACAACAGCAACAACAACGAGUUGUCCAACUGCCGCCAGUGGGGCAGCAACGUUCCGUGGUGACGGGGCAGGUGCCACCGCUGCCAGGUGCGGCAGGAGCGUUGCCAUUGCCUUCGCACGGCUAUCCAACAAUGCCCGCUGGCUAUUAUCAGGCGCAGGGCACAGGGCGUUCGCUGCUGCAUCCGCAUCCGCAUCAUGCGCACCCGCCGCACGCGCAUCCACAUGCCCACACGCAUCCAACGACACAUCCCCACGUGCAUCCGCAUGUGGGCUAUCAUCAUGUGCAGUCGGUGAGCCCAUUCCAUCAGCAUCUUUAACAACGUAUCGCAGGCGCUGCCCGCGGCUGCUCUACAGGUGGCGCGUCUCAUGCUGCAGCUGCAUCCACGCAUCAAGCCAAUGGAGCACCAGCAGCCCCAACAGCUGCCAACAUCAGAUGCUGCUGCCACAUUGGCUCUGCAGCUGCAUCGGCCGGGUCGUCUGCAACGCUGCCUUGAGCAGCGCACCACGCUGCUAGUGGCGCUGCUGCUGCUGGCACUACUUCUGGCCAUUGGUCUGCCGCUGCUGCUGCUGCUGCUGCUGCGCUAGCAGCCAUUCGACUAGGCUAAUGCAGUGUGAUCUCAGCGCUGCGCCACGUUUACACACACACAUACACACACCACCGCACUUAGUUCAUGUUAUAGGUUAUCUAUUGCU